AUGAGCUUUAUCUAUUCAGCUGAUGACUUCGACAUUAAUGGUAAUUUUGUCUCCACUGGACGCUUUCAGGAUCUCCCGAACGAAGGCAAUGGUCUUACUGGACAUGUUCCCUCGUUCAACGAGAUUGAUUGGAACGACCCAGCACUCUACACCAUGCCCCUGACAAGUGAUGAGAUAGCAGCUAUCAUGUCUAAUACCAAUAAUUCACUCCCUAAUCUCCCGCCUGGUCUCCCACCCCCCACGUCUGAUCCCCUAUCGCGUCAGCUUUCUGAAUCACGCUCCCCGCUCCCUGAUUUCCCGCCCCCCACGUCUGAUCCCCCAUUGUGUCAGCCUUCUGAAGCACGCUCCCCGAGUCCUGAGAGGUCAAAGCCACUGCGCGAGGCCAAUUCGUCCAGCUGGGCAGCACGGAACUGUCAUAUACCAUAUAUCCGGUUACAGAUCCGAUGA